AUGGAAAUAAAUAUGAUAGGGCCGAACAAUUUUUUUUCACAGCCAAUAUUUAAUCAAAAAAGUGAAACCAGUAAACUCAAAAAGAGGACAAACGGACGGAAUUCGUCACAAUUAGUUACAAUGGCAAAUCCAUCAAUGACGCUUGCAUCUUAUAAAUAUAAGGCAAAAAGCCUUAAAGGAGAAAAAAAACCAUCCAUUUGUCUCACAAAAAUUCCAAUAAAACUCUCCAAAUCUGCAGCCAAUUCUGCAAGACCUCCACAUCGAAUGAGAUAUGUUCCAAAAUCAUCAUGCAUAGCAAAAAUUAAUGAAAAUGGCUCAGAAAAUAGUUUUGAGUCGACGAAUUCUUGCAUAUAUAAAACUCAAAGUUCUUUUGCAAGAUACCCAGAUAAGAACGCGUCUGAAACUUCUUCAUUAUCAGAUGAUAAAUUUUCAAGUUUUUCUAUAUCAAAUCUAAAUAUAGAAAAUAAAAUUAGUUUGACUUCCCUAUCAAUUAUUUCACUUAAAGAAGAAAUUUCUAGUGCAAAAGAGCUUUUCAAAGCUGAAAUCGAGUGUAUUAAAAUUAUAUUAGAUUAGAUUAAAAUUCUAGUAGGUAUUCAGGGAUUCUUUCAGCUUUUUUUUCUCCAAUAACCAAUAGCUUCGCUUUGGUACGAAGCGCUAUCCUCACACACACAUUCCUUUUACUUCUGACAUCACCCAAAAAAAAUGUAACGAGGAGGUUUCUCAGCCUCCCGUCUUCUGGGUCGCACCAAACGACAAAGAUUCCCAACAUCCGACAGGGCUCAACUUAUGGGUUGCCGUAUUUUCCACAUGGUUAGUCUGAGCUGUACCACAGGCUCAGUAAUGCUCCUGUAGAGUGCUGAAGGACAUUGGAUCAGUAGGUAUGUCUGUAAGCCAGGAAAAAAUGCUUACUCCCCCCCCCCCCUCCGUGAGCGAACAAAACCAUUAGAAAAAUCGCCAUUUUUUGACCAAAAACCCACCCUCCGUGAGUGAACAAAAUUUUUUUAAUAGAAAAAAUUUUAAUGGAAAAAAAAUUUGGAUAUAUAAGUGAUAAUUAGUAUAAUGAAAUCUAGAGCUAAUUCUGUUUAAUUUUAAACAAAUUGCGUUUUAAAACAUAAAUUUUGCAAAUUAAAUUAAUAUUUGCUUCCCCAAUUUUUGCAAAUUAGGAUUUUUUUUAAAUUUCGAAAAAAAUAUUUUUUAUAAAAUUUAUAUAUAUAAUUUUUUUUUAAAAAAAAAAAUUAACCCCCCUCCGUGAGCGAACAAAAUUUUUUUUGUUCGCUCACGGAGGGGGGGGGGGAGUUAGGGCAGCCUGUGAACGAAAAAGCCCACCCUGGAGAACUAACACAAUGUGCUAUCUUCUCUAGAUUCAGAUCAACUCACAGGCUGCCACGCCAGAUCAUCAUUUUAAUAAUUCUAGUGUAUUAAAGAAGAUAUCAAAAAAAUUAAGGCUGAAUUUAUAAAUAAAUCUUUUGAGGAUGAAAGUGAAAUAAAAAAUAGUUAUAUUAAAAAAAUCAAAAAAAAUGAUAAAAAAAUAGAAAUGCUUGAAUACGAAAAUAAGCUACUUAAAGCAAAGCUCAAGCAGAAAGAUUUACUUUAUGUGAGAGAAUUGAGAUGCAAAAUAUAA